GCCGCAGCGGCUGGAACAGGGGCAGAGGCAGGGAGCAAGGAGACCCCAGCGGACGGGAAAACCAGCGGUGAGAGCGGGUCCGCCAAGGCUAGCGAGGAAGCCAAGGGCCGCUUCCGUGUGAACUUCGUGGAUCCGGCUGCCUCCUCGUCUGCGGACGACAGCCUGGAUGCGGCGGGGGUCGGAGGCGAUGGGCCCAACGUGAGCUUCCAGAACGGCGGGGAUACAGUGCUGAGCGAGGGCAGCAGCCUGCACUCGGGCGGCGGCAGUGGUCAUCACCAGCACUACUACUAUGAUACCCACACCAACACCUACUACCUGCGCACCUUUGGCCACAACACCAUGGACGCGGUGCCCAGGAUUGAUCACUACCGGCACACAGCCGCGCAGCUGGGCGAGAAGCUGCUCAGGCCCAGCCUGGCAGAACUCCACGACGAGCUGGAAAAGGAACCUUUUGAGGAUGGCUUUGCAAAUGGGGAAGAAAGUACACCAACCAGAGAUGCCGUGGUCACAUACACUGCAGAAAGUAAAGGAGUCGUGAAGUUUGGUUGGAUCAAGGGUGUUUUAGUACGUUGUAUGUUGAACAUUUGGGGUGUGAUGCUCUUUAUUAGGUUGUCAUGGAUUGUAGGUCAAGCUGGAAUAGGUCUGUCAGUCCUAGUAAUAACAAUGGCCACUAUUGUGACAACAAUCACAGGAUUGUCUACAUCAGCAAUAGCUACUAAUGGAUUUGUAAGAGGAGGAGGAGCGUAUUAUUUAAUAUCAAGAAGUCUAGGGCCAGAGUUCGGUGGUGCAAUUGGCCUGAUAUUCGCUUUUGCCAAUGCUGUUGCAGUUGCUAUGUAUGUGGUUGGAUUUGCAGAAACUGUGGUGGAGUUGCUCAAGGAACAUUCUAUACUUAUGAUAGAUGAAAUCAAUGAUAUCCGAAUUAUUGGAGCCAUUACAGUAGUGAUUCUUUUAGGAAUCUCAGUAGCUGGAAUGGAGUGGGAAGCAAAAGCUCAGAUUGUUCUUUUGGUGAUUCUACUUCUUGCCAUUGCUGACUUCGUCAUAGGAACAUUUAUCUCAUUGGAGAGCAAGAAGCCCAAAGGUUUCUUUGGUUAUAAAUCUGAAAUAUUUAAUGAAAACUUUGGACCAGAUUUCCGAGAUGAAGAGACUUUCUUUUCUGUAUUUGCCAUCUUCUUUCCUGCUGCAACUGGUAUUCUAGCUGGAGCAAACAUCUCAGGUGACCUUGCAGAUCCUCAGUCAGCCAUUCCCAAAGGAACACUCUUAGCCAUUUUAAUUACUACGGUGGUUUACAUAGGAAUUGCAGUGUCUGUAGGUUCCUGUGUUGUUCGGGAUGCCACUGGAAACAUUAAUGACACCAUUGUAACAGAACUGACAAACUGUACUUCUGCAGCGUGCAAAUUAAACUUUGACUUUUCAUCUUGUGAAAUCAAUUCUUGUUCCUAUGGACUAAUGAACAACUUUCAGGUAAUGAGCAUGGUGUCAGGAUUUGCACCAUUAAUUUCUGCAGGUAUCUUUUCCGCCACUCUUUCUUCAGCAUUAGCAUCUCUUGUAAGUGCUCCCAAAAUAUUUCAGGCUCUUUGUAAGGACAACAUCUACCCAGCUUUCCAGAUGUUUGCUAAAGGUUAUGGAAAAAAUAAUGAACCUCUUCGUGGUUACAUCUUAACAUUUUUAAUUGCACUUGGAUUCAUUUUAAUUGCUGAAUUGAAUGUUAUUGCUCCAAUUAUCUCUAACUUCUUCCUUGCAUCAUAUGCAUUGAUCAAUUUUUCAGUAUUCCAUGCAUCACUUGCCAAAUCUCCAGGAUGGCGUCCUGCAUUCAAAUACUACAAUAUGUGGAUAUCACUUCUUGGAGCAAUUCUUUGUUGUAUAGUGAUGUUUGUCAUUAACUGGUGGGCUGCGUUGCUAACAUAUGUGAUAGUCCUUGGACUAUAUAUUUAUGUUACCUACAAAAAACCAGAUGUAAACUGGGGAUCAUCCACACAGGCCCUGACUUAUCUGAAUGCACUUCAGCAUUCAAUUCGUCUUUCUGGAGUGGAAGACCAUGUGAAAAACUUUAGGCCACAGUGCCUUGUUAUGACAGGUUCUCCCAAUUCACGCCCAGCUUUACUUCACCUUGUUCAUGAUUUCACGAAAAAUGUUGGAUUGAUGAUUUGUGGCCAUGUUCAUAUGGGCCCUCGAAGACAAGCCAUGAAAGAGAUGUCCAUUGAUCAAGCCAAAUAUCAACGAUGGCUUAUUAAAAACAAAAUGAAGGCUUUUUAUGCUCCAGUGCAUGCAGAUGACUUGAGAGAGGGUGCACAGUAUUUGAUGCAGGCUGCUGGUCUUGGUCGUAUGAAACCAAACACACUUGUUCUUGGAUUUAAGAAAGAUUGGUUGCAAGCAGAUAUGAGGGAUGUGGAUAUGUAUAUAAACUUAUUUCAUGAUGCCUUUGACAUACAGUACGGAGUAGUGGUUAUCCGCCUAAAAGAAGGUUUGGAUAUAUCUCAUCUUCAAGGACAAGAAGAAUUAUUGUCAUCCCAAGAGAAAUCUCCUGGCGCCAAGGAUGUGGUACUAAAUGUGGAGUACAGUAAAAAAUCGGAUUUAGAUACUUCCAAAACAUCUGGUGAAAAAUCUGUUACACAUAAAGAUGAGGAAGAGGAUGGCAAGACUCCAACUCAACCACUGUUGAAAAAAGAAUCCAAAGGCCCUAUUGCACCUUUAAAUGUGGCUGACCAAAAGCUGCUUGAAGCUAGUACACAAUUUCAGAAAAAACAAGGAAAGAAUACUAUUGAUGUCUGGUGGCUUUUCGAUGAUGGAGGUUUGACCUUAUUGAUACCUUAUCUUCUGACAACCAAGAAAAAGUGGAAAGACUGUAAGAUCAGAGUAUUCAUUGGUGGAAAAAUAAACAGAAUAGACCAUGACCGGAGAGCGAUGGCUACUUUGCUCAGCAAGUUCCGAAUAGACUUCUCCGAUAUCAUGGUCCUAGGUGAUAUCAAUACCAAACCAAAGAAAGAAAACAUUGUAGCUUUUGAUGAAAUGAUUGAGCCAUACAGACUUCAUGAAGAUGAUAAAGAACAAGAUAUUGCAGAUAAAAUGAAAGAAGAUGAACCAUGGCGAAUAACAGACAAUGAGCUUGAGCUUUAUAAGACCAAGACAUACCGGCAGAUCAGGUUAAAUGAACUAUUAAAGGAACAUUCAAGCACAGCUAACAUUAUUGUCAUGAGUCUCCCAGUUGCUCGUAAAGGUGCUGUGUCUAGUGCCCUCUACAUGGCAUGGUUAGAAGCUCUGUCGAAGGACCUCCCACCAAUCCUCCUAGUUCGUGGGAAUCAUCAGAGUGUCCUUACCUUCUAUUCUUAAGUGUUCUACACAAUGGACUGCUCCUAGAAUGGUACUUCAGUGCCUAGUGAAGUGACUGAAAUCUUCAAUGACACAUUAACAUCACAAUGGCAAACUGUGACUUUUCUUUCACUAUUUCAUUAAUUUGAAAGCACACAGGAAAGUUGCUCCAGUGAUAAGUGUAUGGAGACUUCAGUUGUAGUCAAUUCUGUAUCUCAAUCUUAAUGAUUAUUCUUGUUGGACUGAAGUUAAUAUGAAAGUAAAGUUUUCCCUUGCUACUUGAAUAGCAAUAAAAGUGUGUUAUUUUUUGAUUGAUGAAAGGAGUUACAAAAAGCCUUUAGCCUUGAGGUGCCUUCUGAAAUUAACCAAAUUUCAUCCAUAUAUAUCCUCUUUUAUAAAUUUAUAGAAUGUCAAACCUUGCCUUUGGAUAUUAUUUUAUUUCUAGUCUCACCGUAAAACAAAAUGGACACUGCUUUUCAUCUUCCAUUGACCAAUUAAUGUUGAGUACUGUAUGUUUUCUAUUACUUUUGUAAAAGUAUCUGUUAGAUAUUAAAUGUGAGAAUUAGGGCAGGCUAAUGAAAAAUGGGAAAAAAGUGGGGUCAAUAACCAAAAAGUAAACCUCAAUGUUAGAUUUAUGAGAAUAUAUAUAAAUGUAGAGCUAGGGGAAAAGGCUCAAAAUGCCUUCUUUAAUUCCCAAUUGACUGUUUGUGUUUUUUUAACCUUAAAAGGUUGAAGAUUUACCCAGUACUUCUAUAUACCAUGAUGAAAAUUCACAUGUUAUUCUUUAAAUAAAAAUCCUCAAGAUCAUUUGUAUUUAAGAGAGAUCUGUCCUAAUUUAAAAUUUCUCUCAAAUCUGAGGGACUUUUAAGAAAUGCUUACAGAUUUUUCUGGAGGAAAUUUAGUCAAAACAAUGUCAUUUAAUAGAAUAUUUCAAUAAACACUAUGGAAUUUUACUAUACUGUAUCAUCCUUUAUAAAUCCAUUAAAAUAAUGUUUCACCAAAUGGUUAAAUGGACCACUGGUUUAUUAGUGAAAUGUUUUUAGGCUUAAUUCAUUUGUCAAGUACACUUAGUCUUAAUACACUCAGGUUUGAACAGAUUAUUCUGAACAUUAAAAUUUAAUCCAUUCUUAAUACUUUAAAACUUUUGUGUUAAGAAAAACUGCCAGUUUGUGCGUUUGAAAUGUCUCUUGACAUCAUAGUCUACUAGUACAAGUUGACAGUGCGUAUGUACUGUUACUAAAAGCUUUAUAAAUAGUUAUUAAUGUGAAGGUUUUUUAUUUUUGUUUUUGUUUUUUUAUUCAAGGAAGGAUUUCCUAAAAACAUUUCAAGGGAUUUAUGUCUACAUAUCUGUAUGUGUGUAUGUAUAUGCAUAUGCAUACACAGAUACAUAUGUGUAUAUGUAAUGAAAUUUCUAUUGCUGGUGUUUUGCAUUUUAAAGUGAUCAAGAUUCAUUGUAUUAAACUUUUUUGGUUUUAGUAAACAUGUUCAAAAUCAAAUUGACAGAUUACAGGUUUCAUAGAGAACAAAGCUGAUCAUUUGAAGGGCAUAGUGUAACUUCACACAACUAUCAUCCAGUUAGAAAAUAGUGAACAUUUCAUCUAAAGUACUUUUCAGUGGGUUCAUUGUUGAGUUUCAGUGGUGGGGAAUUUAUGCAGGUUCUUGUGAAUCUUGUUAGAAAUCUAUAAAAUUAUUUUCAGUGCUGCAGUAUUUUUGCUGCAUCAGUAUGAACUGAAUUAAUAAAAAUUGGAACUCUGAUAAUUUAAACUCAGAAUAUUAAGAAAAGGAAGUAAUCAAUUUUCUAAAAAUUAUUUCCUACAUUAUAACUCCCAGCAUUGUUUAAUUUAUUGCAGGUUUUGCAGUGUUGGGGGGAAACAGUAGAAAUGUCACAUUGUUCAGUAAAUAAUAUCAUGUGUGAACUUUUUAAAUGGAUAAUAGGGCAUGGCCUGAGUGCUGCUAAUUUGAAAUAUGCACAGGUACACUUAUUUUGUUUUGUUUUGUUUUGUUUUUGUUUUUCCCAUUCAGGAAAACAACAUUGUGCUCUGUACUACAGGAACCAAAUGUCAUACAUCAUACAUGUGUGUAUAAAGUACAUAAAAUAUAUCUAAAUAUGCAUAAUGUGGGGAGGGUAAUAUUGUCUGUGAAAUAAUGUAAGAAGCUUUUCACUUAAAAAAAAAAAAUCAUUACUUUCACUUAACACUAGACACCAGGUCAAAAACUUUCAAAAAUUAUUGUAGUGCUCAAAAAUUUUUUUAGCAAUUCUUGAGAUGCUCACUAGUGUUGACACUGUUUUACUUUAUUUAUGCUGAUUUUGAUUAUUUGAAUGCCAAAAUUUUUUUUUAGUCUAAUCAUUGGUGAUAAUUACACAGGGGCAUUGGAAUUAAUUAUUCCCAUAGGUAAGAAUGCAAUGGGUUUAGAGAGAAUGUUGGUGUUAAGCUGAUUUAUUAACAGUUAAUUAAAAUCAAAUAUUUAUUUGUUACAUUGUUUCCUUUGUAUUUUAGAUUUCCUUUUACAACCUUUUUAUAUUGCUUUCUGACAUUACAUGUUUUUUAAGACUAUGGAAAUAAAUAAUUUAAAGAUUUGAGCUCUGGUGGAUGAUUAUCUACUAAGUUUAAAAAUGUAAUAUUUUGAUAACACUGUACUAUAACUGUCACACAAAUGCUUUUCUAAUGUUUUAACCUUGAGUAUUGCAGUGCUGCUUUGUAAAGAGGUUACUGCAAUAAAGGAAGUGGAUUCAUUAAAACUA